CACUGGUGGCCAGUAUUAAGCGAUAAGACACAUUUUACGGUGUUAUGUUUUAGACUAGUAUGGACAUUGGAGACCCAGGGUUAAAAGAUCGCUAAGACCAGGCACUUAUGGAGACGAUACUAAACUGUAAACUGGAAGAUCUGGAAGACUAUUACCGAUUGCUUGGGUGCGAUGAGCUGUCAACGACUGAUCAAAUUGUAAGCGAAUUUAAAGUGAGAGCCCUGGCUUGCCAUCCAGACAAACAUCCAGCUAAUCCUAAAGCAGUGGAAGAGUUUCAGAAGUUGCAAGAGGCCAAGGAGGUUCUUACAGAUGAAACCAAAAGAAAAAAAUAUGAUUUCUGGUUGAGGAGUAGGAUCACUGUGCCAUUCAGCGAGUGGCAGGCCCUGAGUGACUCAGUUAAAACUUCAAUCCAUUGGGCUGUUAGGACCAAAAAGGAGCAAAUGCUAGAACAAGCAAAAGACACAAAUGCAAAGAGCACUGAAAACCAAGCUAGACAGUGGCCAGCGGAGGUGAUAUCAUCUGAUGAGCAACUUUCUUCAAGUAAUUCUGGGCAUCAGAUAUUUCGUUGGACAUCUGAUGCUCCUUCCAGCCUUCUGCAAAAGUUUAGAAAUUAUGAAAUAUGAUAAAUAUGAUUACCAAUUUUA